AUCACUACUGGCAGGAAGUGGAUACAGGUCAGCAGGACGUUUCGGAGGAUUGUUAUCGUUUAUUUGUAACAUUUUUAUCAUGUCCCAGGCUGACGUGCACCUUUAUUUCAUGAUGUGUGGUUAGCUUGACGUCUUUGCUCACUCCCGGCUCCAGACAUCGCUCGAGGCAAGAUUUCAGCGUCACAAUCAGCUGAUUCUGUCAUCCAUCAUAUAAGUGGCUGUUCAAUGCCUAAUACAUCAGAAGGUCAAGGAGCAAACCUAUCGGGGCCAGCAGAUCCGUCCCGGCUGCAAAGGCCCGCUGAUGGAGAGGAGGAACGCAGUCUGAUCAGCUCCCUAGCCCGGGAUGCUGCAAGAGUAAGGAGGGCUUCGAGUGCCGAACUUCACCUGCCGUGGACCUGCCCGGUCACACACUCCCGUGAGAAGUUUUACACGGUCUGCUCCGAUUAUGCUCUUCUCAACCAGGCUGCUUCUGUGUACUGUCCCCCAAACACAGCCAGGGAUGUGGUCCCAAACAAGCAGGAUGAUGGGCCUUCGUUCGUGAAGCCCAAACCCUCAGUUGAGUUCAGUGCCGGCCAGUCUGGAGGGAGCCAUGUGGGAUCAGAUGGGGACUACGACAUGGUGGAAGUCACCUCUAAGCCUAUUUUGGCGUGGGAAAUUGAUACCACAGACUUCAAUGCUGUGCUCACUCGAAAAACAAGAACAAGCAAUGUGAAGAAAUGCACCAAGAAGAUGAAGUCAUCAGACAGGCCGAGCCGAAACCUGCAAGACGCUUCUCCUCACGCCUCACUGGAGGAGAUCAAACAGAGAAAAGUGCUAGACCUUAGAAGAUGGUACUGCAUCAGUCGGCCUCAGUACAAAACUUCGUGUGGAAUCUCUUCACUGGUGUCCUGCUGGAACUUCUUGUACAGCACUCUGGGUGCAGGAAGUCUUCCACCCAUUUCUCAGGAGGAGGCUCUGCAUAUUCUGGGUUUCCAGCCGCCUUUUGAAGAAAUCAAGUUUGGUCCUUUCACUGGCAACGCUACACUAAUGCGGUGGUUUAGACAAAUCAACGACAAUUUCCGAAUCCGAGGUUGCUCCUAUAUUCUGUACAAACCACACGGAAAACACAAGACUGCAGGUGAAACAGCUGAAGGAGCGUUGAUGAAGCUGACACAAGGGCUAAAGGACGAGUCCAUGGCUUACAUUUACCACUGCCAGAACCACUACUUCUGCCCAGUGGGCUUUGAAGCCACGCCACUGAAAGCAGCAAAAGCGUACAGGGGCCCUCUACCCACAAAUGAAACAGAGUAUUGGAUUCUUAUUGGUGAGCCCAGUAGGAAACACCCAGCUAUUCACUGUAAAAAAUGGCUCGACAUUGUGACUGACCUCAACACACAAAAUCCAGAGUACCUUGACAUCCGUCACACAGAGAGAGGCAUUCAGCGCCGCAAAACCAAAAAGGUGGGUGGCAACCUGCACUGCAUCAUGGCCUUCCAGAGGGUGAACUGGCAGAAGCUCGGCCCCUGGGCUCUAAACCUGGAGAACCUGCGCCACGACUUCCACCACUCGGGCACGGAGCGAGCCCACGGGAGCGGCGCGGAGGAAACGGAGGAGAGAACAUCAUCCAAGCGCCUGGCCUACCUGGGACGCUCGCAAAGUAUGGGAAGCCAGAAAGAGACCAACUGGAAACGCAUGUCCAACACUGCAGAGUACAGACAGAGGAGCUCCCCUGACAGCGAUCUUGAAGAAGACAUCACAGACUGAAAAGGUUUAUUAGGACACACAAAGGUGGGGGGCAUCAAAUAACAGACAUUACAAUACAGUACGGUAGCCACUUUAAAUGGGUAAGUCUGGUGUAAUUCUAUAUUUUACUGCCAAAAAAUCCCAUAAAAAGACCAAAACCUUCAACCUUCACCCUGCCUGUGGCUCUCAGCCUAAAAUACAUCUUUUAAAUAUACAGUUUCAUUUUUAAACCUGCAAUAACUGACUUGUUUGGCCACUUUGGGUCAACGGAAACAAGUCACACACUUGACAUAUCAUCAUGUUUUCAACCGAUAUGAUGAACUUGAGCAGACAGUUGCUUAGUCACAGUUAUGGAGCUACAUUAGCCAUUCAUUUAGGGGUCGUCCAGUAUUCGCUCUCUUGUAGCUCCGAGUGAAACAUCUGACUCUUCAGCUGCUAAAUGCUCCACUCUGUUCACCAGCCACCUGCUAACUGUUUCCGUCUGCUGUUUGGUGCUGAGCAGGUACUGUACAGUGAGUUUUUAGAGCUGCCUGCUUCGGAUACACAGACACUUUUCAUGGGAUUUGUUGACAAUAAGAAAAUGAUAGAAUAUCACCCAACUUAUGCUUAAGUGUUGGUAAAUGAAUGUAGAUUCUCAGACGUCAUUUUUGGGGCCAUGUUGUAGUUUUUAAUGCUUUAAACAAAGUAUUCUGUGAAAGUCAGCGUUGGUGACAGCGUGCCGACUGAAAUAUUCGCUUCUGCCUCAUCACCAACAACUGCUUUAAAUCAAUAAGAACGGCAGCUACACAAAUGAGCCAGAUUAAAUGAACAUUUAGCAGCGUGCGUCUCUCAGCAGAGGUCUUACUAUUACUGUUUUUAUGCGUAUUAAGGCAGAGAAAACGCAAACUCUCAGACUGCUGUUUGAGCUUCUAAUGCACCGGAUGCAAACAAAGGUAAAGUAUGUUAUAUAAAACAGGGAAAAAUAGUCAUGUGUAUG